AAACAAUACAUGGAUAUUAUUAAAUUUCAGCCUUUAAAAAGAAUAUUUAUGUAUAUCAAUAAUUGUGAAAAAAUUUCAUUUAACUUAGGAUUGGAAUUUCGAUCUGAAACCUUGAAAGAACUAAUACUAGAUAGUCUUGAUUUUAAAUAUAUUGAUUUAUCGUUUAUAUCAAAAUUAAAAUGUUUAGAACUUCUUGAGUUUUUAUACUGUAAAGGUUUCAAUCAUUGUGAAGUUCAAUCUGAGAGUAAAUUACACCUUAAAGAAUUCAAACUAUGGUAUUGUACUACCGGGACUCCCAUGGAAGAAAUUAUUAGUUAUCUUUGUAACGAAUCAUUAUUAAAGCUAGCCUUGAGUUAUGUCACUCCGAAAGCUGCUGAAACAGUAAAAGAAUAUUGCCCAAAUGUUAGUUCUUUGUGCAUACAAAUAUGUUCUGAUUCAGUAAUUCCAUUUAUUUGUGAAUUACGUUCAUUAAAAGUUCUAAACAUUGGAUCUGAUAAUGGAAUUGAUAUGAGUUCAUUGGUUAAAAGCUUAGGUAAUCAUUUAACAUCUGUUGAAUAUUUAUUUUUUGAUUUUAAUAUUGAUUUACCAAGCUUUAUAUAUUUUACUAAUUACUGUAAGGCUAAUUUAAAAAAAUGGAUUAUUACUUUAGAUAAUAAUUCUUUAAGUAAGGAAUAUUUGUUAUAUGUAAAUAAUUUUCAAAAAGUUCAUAAUUCUUUAAAGGAAUUUGGAAUUAAUAAGUAUAGAUAUAAUUGGACCGAU